GCUGCCUGCACCGGCGGGGAGUGGCGGGGGGCGGCAGCCGAGAGGCGGCACCUGGGCCCUUCCCCCGUCUCCAUCACCCCGGCUGCCGUGGAACGGUCGCGGCCGAACGGAGCGCAGGGGUGAGGUCUUUACUAAUGUGCUGACUCACCCAAAAUGUCCAUAAGAGAAUAAUGGAAGCUCCUGAAUACCUUGAUUUGGAUGAAAUAGAUUUUAGUGAUGACAUAUCGUAUUCUGUAACUUCUCUCAAGACCAUCCCAGAAUUAUGCAGAAGGUGUGAUUCACAAAAUGAAGACAAAUCAGUUUCUAGCAGCAGCUGGAACUGUGGGGUCUCAACUCUUCUUGGAAAUGCACAGAAACCAACAGGAAUUGCAGAUGUGUGCAAUAAAUUCAGACCAGUGAAGAGGGUUUCUCCAUUAAAGCACCAUCCAGAAAGCUCUGAGAACAAUGAAAGUGAUGACCAGAAGAACCAGAAGGGAGAAUACCAGAAAGGCAGCGAUUCUCAGUGUGCACCUCCAAAUGAUGACCAGAGUCCAGGAGAAGGAGAAAGCCUUAAAAGCAAAAGCACUGAGCCUGCUGUUCUGCUUGGGGAGCUGGAGCACUAUGAUCUGGAUAUGGAUGAAAUUUUGGACGUGCCUUAUAUUAAAUCAAGUCAGCAACCUGUUCCUUUUACGAAGGUAGCUCCUGAGAAAAAACUUUUAAGUGUGUGUUCAACUGUGAAUGGUCCAAGUGUCAAGACCUGUCCUGCAGGGAGCACAGAGAGCUCGCCUGCUGGCAGUAUGCAGUUUUGUGUGCUGUCUCCUGUGAAAGGCACUCAGCUGAGAAAAACACAACCCAUUGUCCUUGAUCAGCACAAGCAUUCAACAGAAGAAUUAGAGCUUUCCCAGCCUUUAGUUAAGUGUAGCUCAGCCCACGAAUCUGAAGCCCGAGGUAAGGGCUUCUUCAGCAAGACACUUGCUGAUCCUCUUGCUCACAAAGCUGAGAAGAUUAUGCCGAACUGCCACCAGAGGACUUUCCACCUGCAGACGGCGCUGGCAGAAAGCAAGCAGCUAGAGGAGCUGAGUAUGAACUGGAGCAGUGCAGGGGGCCCAGAAGAGAGGAGCGAAGAGGUGAAAAAAAUUAAAAGCAUCUUAAACAUUGUAAAGGAAGGCCAAAUAUCUUUACUGCCACAUUUAGCAGCAGAUAAUCUGGAUAAGAUCCAUGAUGAAUGUGACAACAAUCUGUUGCAUGUAGCAGCUUCAAAGGGACAUGCAGAAUGCCUGCAGCAUCUCACUUCUUUGAUGGGUGAAGACUGUUUGAAUGAACGAAACAUUUUACAGCUAACUCCAGCUGGGUUAGCAAUAAAGAAUGGUCAGCUGGAGUGUGUUCGGUGGAUGGUGAGUGAAACAGAAGCUAUUGCAGAACUCAGUUGCUCAAAAGACCACCCAAGCCUUAUUCAUUAUGCAGGUUGCUAUGGCCAGGAGAAAAUCCUUUUGUGGCUUCUUCAGUUUAUGCAAGAACAAGGGAUUUCACUGGAUGAAGUUGACCAGGAUGGAAAUACUGCUGUUCACAUAGCUGCUCAACAUGGCUAUCUAGGAUGCAUACAGACAUUGGUUGAAUAUGGAGCAAAUGUCACCAUGCAAAACCACGUGGGAGAGAAACCCUCUCAAAGUGCUGAGCGACAUGGGCACACCCUGUGUUCCCGCUACUUAGUAGUUGUGGAGACAUGUAUGUCACUGGCCUCUCAGGUUGUCAAGCUGACUAAGCAGCUGAAGGAGCAGACUGUGGAACGUGUGACAUUACAGAACCAGCUCCAGCAGCUUUUAGAAGCCCAGCGGUCGGAGGGCAAGUCACUGCCUACAUCCCCGAGCUUGUCAUCAUCUCCUACUUCUGGCAAGUCCCAGUGGAAACUAUCUGAAGCGGAUGAAUUGUCUCCACCAAAAAGUAAAUUGAACCAAGAUGGGAUUCAGAUUCUUGGCAGCUUGGGAAUGAGCACAUCUACUCAUGCUCGAGCUAAGAUAAAAGAUGAGGACUCCGAUAAAAUCUUGCGUCAGUUGUUGGGGAAGGAAAUCUGAAAUGUCUGUAUGCAAGAAAAGCUGACUUUGGAAUUUCAGGACGCUCAUGCAUCCUCCAAGAACGUGAAGAAGAUUUUGCCAGAGAAAAGGGAGUUGAAGUUAGCCCGACUGAGACAACUGAUGCAGCGGUCUCUUAGCGAGUCUGAUACAGAUUCAGCUAAUUCUGAGGACCAUAAGAACACCCCUGUGAAAAGAACUGACAAACCAAGACCUCAGCCUAUAGUGGAGAGUGUUGAGAGCACAGAGAGUUUGAACAUGAUGCUUAAGAAGCAUACUUCCAUAGCAGGAUGGCGCUUCCCUUUUGGUAUCAGGGUCUCUAAGUCUGUGGAUGGCUACAGUCCUUCCCCUACUUCGGAGAGCAGCGACGUGGAUAAUGAAUCCCCAUAUCAGUCUGGUACAGUACCUCAGAACCAAUUCUGUGGAGACAACUCUCCAUCCAGCACAGACAGUGCUACUGCCCAAAAGGUUGCAACUAGCCCAAAGAGCGCUCUCAAGUCUCCAUCCUCAAAGCGCAGAACCUCUCAAAAUUUGAAACUUCGAGUAACUUUCGAGGAGCCUGUGUGCAGGUGGAACUAACAGAGUCAGAACUAACGAGGAAAAAGGAUAAAGACCGGAGUAAAGGACCUUGUGCAGGCUCCAGCCAGCUCUGCGGAUCAUGCAGGGGACCAGUUGAAAAGGCCUUUUGGAGCCUUUCGGUCCAUAAUGGAGACACUGAGUGGCAACCAAAAUAACAACAACAACUGUCCAACAGCAAACCUCAUCAAAACCUCCUCAACACUGCCUUUUACCUCACUAGGAAGGAAGACAACAGAAAGUAAGGGAAAUCCAGCAGUUGUCUCAAAGGAAGAAACAAGCCAGCCAUAUUUGCAUUCUCUGCUGCCAGCAUCAGAACUGUGGGAGAAAAUUUUCAUACCCAACCCAAAGGACCACAGCCACAUAUCUCAAAGAGACUCUGUCCUGCAAAGUCUGUGUCAUCUGGCUCAAUUCAGUGCCUUUUGCUGUUUCUUUGGGCAUGAUGACAUCAACUGGAAAAUCCAGAAAUCUGACAGUCAAAAGAGUAUUGAAGAGCCAGAGCUGCAGGAAUUCUUCCUCUAAAACAUAUCAUGAUGUCUCACUUAGUUUGAAAUACCUGAAAUAUAGCCUUUUGAAACACAAAUAUGAGACAUACCCCUCACCAGCAAAACAGCAGCUGUUAGGAUGCCUUAAUUUGUAUCAGACCAUAUACAAAUCUUUUUUAUGAUAUAUGUGUAUAUGUAACUUGUUUGUAAGCUGUGCUGUGUAAAGGCAUGGGUGAGCAGAAGUAACAGUUUGAAAAUUGUUAUGACACUUGCAAUCUCCAAAAUGUUUGUUAGGCCACGGAACACAUUUUGUACUUUGUGUCUUGCAUGGAUAUAUUGUCAUAUAUCUUUAUUUCCCUUUGUCAACAGCAUAUACUGUCAAAGUUUCAUCAGGACUCUGCCUGUGCAGCUCCUCAGUGAGAUCAAGGCAAAAGCAUUGGAUUUUUUUAGUAUGUUUCGUCUGUUGUUAUUACUAUUUUUUUUGUAAAAAGGAAAUAAAGACUGUUAAUAGGA